AUGUUGUCACGAAACCUUCUCCGCGCGUCGGCACGAGCUGUCGGUGCUUCUGCCAGAGCUGCUACUCCUCGAUCAACCCUUCCUGCUGGCGCAGCUUACAUCCACAACAACAACAAUCCUCUCAACAACGCAGACAACAAGGACAAGAAGGGUUCUACGCCUACUCCCGGUGCAUUCGCCCGUACAGACGACAGCAUCACCGUCGAGUACCCAGAAGAAGAUGCUCUUCCUUCUUCUACCCCCGUCCAAGGCCGUGGCGGUUUCCACAUGAAGCGAACCCUCGCUUCCUUCUCGCUCGAGGGUAAGGUCGGUGUAGUUACUGGUGGCGCUCGUGGCCUCGGACUUGUCAUGGGUCAAGGCAUGGUUAUUAGCGGUGCUAACUUGGCAAUCGUCGAUAUGAACAAGGAAGAAGCCGAACGCCAAGCUAUUGAGCUAGUUGACGUGUUCCGCAAAGAAAACCCUGGCGCCACUAGAGUGCCCAAGGUCACCGCUCAUUACGCCGAUGUGUCGGAUGCAGACUCGGUUCAGAAGUGCAUUGACGAGGUUAUCAAAGAGCACGGAAAGAUAGACCACCUCGUCACCAGCGCCGGUUUCACCGAGAACUACAACGCUGUCGACUACCCUAUUGACCGCAUGCGCAAGUUGUGGAGCGUCAACGUAGAUGGCACAUAUCUCUUCGCUAUCACCGUUGCCAAGCACCUAAUGGAGCGCAAGAGCCCGGGAAGUAUGGUUUUCAUCGGAAGCAUGUCCGGUGCCAUCGUGAACGUGCCGCAGCCUCAAGCUCCGUACAACAGUGCCAAGGCCGCCGUCCGGCAUUUGGCCGCUUCCCUUGCCGUCGAGUGGGCCCAUGCCGGCAUUCGUGUAAACUGUAUUUCCCCCGGUUAUAUGUUGACUGCUCUUACCGAGAAGAUCCUUGACGACAAACCAGACCUCAAGAAGCAGUGGACCUCUCUUAUCCCUCAGGGUAAGAUGGGUCAACCAGUCGAUCUUAUGGGCCCCGUCGCAUUCCUGCUGUCGGAUGCCAGCGCAUACGUGACCGGCGCCGACGUCCGCGUCGACGGCGGUUACACUCUUACUUAA